AUGAUGGACGGCCGCCUGCUAGAGCAUCCGCACGCCCAGUUCGGGGGCUCGCUGGGCGGCGUGGUGGGCUUCCCCUACCCGUUGGGCCACCACCACGUGUAUGAGCUGGCCGGCCACCAGCUGCAGUCGGCCGCUGCCGCCGCCGCCGCCGCCGCCUCGGUACCCUUCUCCAUCGACGGACUGCUGAGCGGUUCGUGCGCCGCCGCCGCAUCGGUGGUCACCCCCACGCCGCUGCUACCGGCCGCCUGCGGGGUCGGUGGCGACAGCCAGCCCUUCAAGCUGUCAGACUCUGGGGACCCGGACAAGGAGAGCCCGGGCUGCAAGCGGCGGCGCACCCGCACCAACUUCACAGGCUGGCAGCUGGAGGAGUUGGAAAAGGCGUUCAACGAAAGCCACUACCCCGACGUGUUCAUGCGCGAGGCGCUGGCUUUGCGUCUCGACCUGGUCGAGUCCCGAGUGCAGGUUUGGUUCCAAAACCGCCGAGCCAAGUGGAGGAAGAAGGAGAACACGAAGAAAGGGCCAGGGCGGCCGGCGCACAACUCGCACCCUACCACGUGCAGCGGCGAGCCCAUGGACCCAGAGGAGAUUGCGCGCAAGGAGCUGGAGAAGAUGGAGAAGAAGAAGCGCAAGCAUGAGAAGAAGCUGCUCAAGAGCCAGGGCCGCCACCUACACUCGCCCGGCGGCCUGUCCCUGCACAGCGCGCCCAGCUCCGACAGCGAUAGCGGCGGCGGCGGCCUGUCUCCGGAGCCACCCGAGCCGCCGCCAACCGCCGCGGCCACGGCCAAGGGUCCUAACACCCCGGUUGCCGCCGGGUCCGCGUCCGCCCCGCACGGCGAGUCCCCCGCGCCCGCCGCCUGCGACCCCGCCUUCUAUCCGAGCCAAAGAAGCGGCGCCGGCCCGCAUCCACGGCCAGGUCGGCCCGCUGACCAGGACGCGGCCCCGUGUGCGCCGGGGGCGGCGGGGGUGGGCCUGCCCAAGGCCAGCCCGUUCAGCGUGGAGAGCCUGCUGUCCGACUCGCCGCCGCGCAGGAAAGCCGCCGCAGCCGUUAGCGCUGCAGCGGCGGCGGGGCUGGACUUCGCGCCCGGGCUGCCCUGCACGCCGCGGACCCUCAUCGGCAAGGGCCACUUCUUGCUCUACCCCAUCACGCAACCGCUGGGCUUCUUGGUGCCGCAGGCCGCGCUCAAGGGCAGCGCGGGCGGGGAGACCAAGGAUGCGCCCCCCGCGUCCCUGGCUCACACCGGCUUCGGUGCCUUCCCUGGGGCCGGCGGCGUCCCGGACCAGGCCUUCGCGCGCCGAAGUCCCGAAGCCGGCGCCUCCACGGGAGUUCCCGCGGCCUUGGGGGACACGGCCGAGGGUGGCGGCAGCGGGGACGGUGUGGAGGCUGGGGCUACCUGCCCCGCGCCUCCGCCACCAUCUCCUGGGCCUGGCCCGAGUGCGCCCAGCCCCGCCGGUGAGCCGGCCACCUGCGGGGCCCCAGAGCACGGCGCAGCCGCGGCGGAAGGUAGCGUGCCCGAGGGCGACGAGGUGGAUAUGGACUGA